AAUAAUAAAUAGGAAUAAAAAUAUAAUUUAUAAAAAGGAAAUCAACGAUGCUCCAUCUGACUAGUGGACGAUCCUUUUGAUCCACUUGUUAUUGAACAGCAGUAAAACAAAAUUCCCAACACUUAAAUAGACUAUGAAGACAAUUGGGAGCAUUGCCUCUUCUUGUUGACUUUAAUUGAACAGAUAACAACACAUAAGGAAUGUCAGGACCAAAUAGUAUUUUGGAAAUUGAUGGCAAAUAUCUGGAAGGUGGUGGACAAAUCUUAAGAAACGCCUUAAGCUUUAGUUGCAUAUUGCGGCGACCUGUCCGCAUUGUAAAUAUUCGUGCGAAUCGCCCUAAUCCUGGUUUAUCUAAUCAACAUUUAUUUGGUUUGAAUUUGUUGGUGGAUAUUACUGGGGCUCAAGUGAAAGGCAAUUCCAUUAAAUCCACAGAAGUAGAAAUUUGCCCUGGGAAAAUUAAAGCCGGAAAUUAUUAUGUUAAUACAAAAACUGCUGCCAGUAUAUCGCUUGUAUUGCAAAGUGCCCUUCCAGUGCUUAUAUUUGGAGCAGCCCCUUCACAACUAGAAUUAGUUGGUGGUACUAAUGUGGGCAUGGCGCCACAAGUAGACUUUAUGACUGAGGUACUUCGUCCUAAUUUGGAGAAAUUUGGUGUUACAUUUGAUUUUGAUCUAAUACGACGAGGUUAUUAUCCGCGAGGAGGCGGCUGUUGUAAGGUACAAGUUCCAGCUAUAAAAUUUAUUAAAUCGGCUUCUGUGGUGAAUUUUGGUAAAUUACAUGAGAUUCGUGGUUGGUGUUUUGUGGCUGGCAACUUGCCAGAGCGCUUAGCCGGUGCGAUGCAACAAUCUGUUGCUUUAGAAUUACAAAAAUUGAACUGUCGGCUUUUAAAUAUUGAGGCCUACAAAGAAUCGCCUGAUGUGGCUAAAGAUAAUGGUUCGGGAGUUAUUUUGCUUGGUUUAACGUCGGAAAAUUGCACUUUAGGCGUUUCGAAACUAGGCGAAAAGAAAAUUGAUGCCGAGAAAAUGGGUUCUGAUGCUGGUCGCAAUUUAUGCAAUCUCCUUUUAAGUGAAACCUGUGUGGAUGAGUACGUUCAAGACCAACUUAUUAUUUACAUGGCCUUAGCCAAGGGAAACUCGCAAAUAAAAACCUUACCCCUGACUGAUCAUACACGCACUGCAAUAUAUGUGGCCGAGAAAAUGACUGGUGUGCAUUUUGUUAUCGAACCGCAAGGUAAGCAUGUCUUAUUAUCCUGCACAGGAAUUGGUUAUGAAAACCAAAAUUGAAAAUUCAUGUAAGAACAAAACAAUAUUACAUGUAAAUACAUAAAAAUGUCCAGCACAUAAUU